CCCUAUGUACGCUAAGCAGCGGCUUUCAUUUGGAUAAUCUUGUUCAUGUGUGUGUCUUUAUCGACAAUAUUUAAGAUUUUGGCUGCUGAUGUGCAUCAUCAACACUUUAUUCGGCCUCUGAAUCUUCUUUCACAUUCCUUAGUAAUAUAUAUCUUUUAGGAUCCUGAAGAGAAAUGUAAAACAUCAACCCUUCCCAAAUUCUGGCAAAACGCGUAGCUGCGCAUAUGAAACAUAUUUUUAAUUUCAUUUGACCAUAGUAAUAAGACCCAUAACACCAAUCCUUAGACCAAACAAGACGGCACAACCAUCGCUACACAACGAAAUCCCAAAAUCUUAGCUCACUGCCUUAAUUAGGUGUUCACUAUGUGAGCUAGACAAUAAAAAAUAGAGGUCCUACCGGGAGUCGAACCCAGGUCGCUGGAUUCAAAGUCCAGAGUGCUAACCACUACACCAUAGAACCUGUUGGUAUAAAACUCAUACUUUUCUUUAGAUAGCCCAUUUGAGAAUACUAAGACACUACUCCAAUUUGGGUCCGGUUGAUUCAGAUUUUUGAAUUCUUUGGUACUAUAAUAAGUCUCAUUCGAUAUUUUUACUAAUUUUGGAUUAGUUUUGAUUCUUUCCAAUUGGAUUUGGAUCGAGUUAUAACCAAUAUGUGAUAUAACUUAAAAACAUGAAAAAAUAAUGAAAGCGAUAAAAAUACUCACAACUAGAAAUAAUUCAAAAAUCUAAUUAUUAACUAGUUAAACUACCUAAGCUUUAAAAAAAUUGAAUAGAAAACUAUACUACAAAAUCUCUAAAAUACUCUAAAAUAUCUAAAUUAUCUUGACAUAUGUAAGAGAUUAAUAAAUUGAACUAAUUUUAGAUACAUUAGAUCCUACUUCAUAUUUUAAUUUGAGUUAUUCUUGAAUCCAAAAGAACCUAGUUUUUAGACCCGUUAUGAUAUUUUUAACUGUUAAGAUCGAAUUUUAAUUUUUUGGUUUGAUUUCGGUUCAAAUUUUGGAUUUAGCUAAAAUGCCAAGGCCUGCUUAUUAGUGAACUACCUGAGAUAAAUUGAAAUGGAACCUUUUUAUUUAAUUACUUUAAUUGUUUGUAGAAAAGUUUAUUAAUUUGAACAUCCAUUUGAAGCUACUUUGCUCUGUUUUUCUUUUAAUUAAUACUCCCUCUGUUUUUUAAUAUAAGUCGUUUUAGAAAAAAAAUUAUGUUCCAAAUUAUAUGACGUUUUCGGUUUUUUAUGUAAAAUUUAUUAACAGUUAAUGUUAUAUGAACAAUGAUAAUAUAUAUUCUAUUUUAUUAUUGGUUGAUUUGUGGUUAGGUAAAUAAUUAAUGAUGUUUUUGUUUAGAAAAUGUAAAAAAUUAAUAAUUUUUUUUAAUUUGUAUGCACAAUUCUAAAGCGAAUUAUAUUAAAAAAUAGAGGGAGUAUAUCUUAAAAAAUGCAUAAUAACAAAAAUAAAAGACAAACUUCGUUCUUUGGUCAACACGUGAUUUUAAGUUUUUGAUAGACAAUCAGCUUUUAUCUUGUUGAUAGCGAUACUACCAGCUAAUAUGACAUAUAUUGAGUUUUAUACAAUAGGCCUUACUAUUGGCCAACGUUUGUCCAGCCAAUUUGGUUAAGUGUUAUCGCGGUGAUACGAUAAUUACGCGGACUUGAGUUGUAAUUAAGAUGCUUUCAAGUCCCUAUUAACGAGUAUAAUAGAUACCAUGAUUCACCUAAAGUAGUUUUUUCAUGUAGGACGGUCAUUAAUGAACACUGGCUUAACACUUAACAGCUUUGAAUGUCAAUCUCAGAGGACACUAAUAAAAACCGACAGUAAGCAACACUCUGUCUCCUAAUCAUUGUAUAUCCCUACUUAUAGUCAUAUAGAUAGAGCUUCAUUUUCCGUACAUAUACAACUUUUUAAUGGUCUCCUGGAUAUAAUUUCCUUAAAAAUAAUUAACUGAAAAUGUAAUUAAUAACUAGUGAGUAAUUAAGGAAAGCUUAAAAUGACGACCGUGUGUUGACUCAGUUCAAGAUUACUUCCACAUAGCAAAUCACUUACCAUAAUAGCAAAAACAACAAAGACUAUAAGCUUGCCAACAUAUCCUAUGAUUCACUUCUUAGAACUAGUCAAACUUAUAACUUAGGAAUGUACGUAACUCCAAUCAUUUAAUCACCCAAAGACUUUCAGUGAUGUAUAUAUAUAAAGCACACUCCAAUCCAGUCCUUGACAGAGUACAUCAUUGCAAUUGCGUCACACUACAACACUAACAAAACAAAACAAAAAUGGAGAACGAAAUGAUCAAGACUCAGGCUCUCAUAAUCGGUGCAGGACCAGCCGGUUUAGCUACAUCAGCCUGUCUAAACCGGUUGAACAUACCGAACAUAGUGGUGGAAAGAGAGGAAUGCAGUGCCUCUCUCUGGAAAAGAAGGUCUUACGAUUGUCUCAAGCUUCAUCUCGCGAAGCACUAUUGUCAACUCCCUCACAUGCCAUUCCCUCCAAACACUCCUACCUUCGUCUCCAAGUCAGGUUUCAUCACUUACCUUGACGAAUACGCCACACGUUUCAACGUAAGCCCUAGGUACAACCGCAACGUCGAAUCCGCGUAUCUCAACGAUGGUCGAUGGAUCGUGGAGGUGGGGAAAGGAGCAGAGAGAGAGGUUUACUCGGCGGAGUACUUGGUCGUGGCGACGGGAGAGAACAGCGAAGGCGUGAUCCCGGAGAUUCCGGGGCUUGUGGAGAGCUUCCAAGGUGAGUAUUUGCACUCAAGCGAGUACAAGAACGGUGAGAAGUUCGCCGGAAAACGUGUUUUAGUCGUCGGAAGUGGAAACUCCGGGAUGGAGAUUGCUUAUGAUGUGUCCAAGUGGGACGCUGAUGUCUCCCUCGUCGUUCAUAGCCCUGUACACGUGCUGACGAGAGAGAUCGUACGGAUCGGUAUGUGGCUGCUCAGGUUUUUCCCGGUAAAGUUAGUCGACCGUUGGUGUCUCUUGCUCGCGAAGCUGAGGUUUGGUGAUACUUCUAGAUAUGGGCUUAUCAGGCCUACUAAAGGCCCAUUUAUGAACAAGAUUGUCACCGGCCGGUCACCUACUAUCGACGUCGGCUGCGUCGACGAGAUAAAAGCCGGCAAGAUUGAGGUUGUGCCCUCUAUUAAGCGUAUAGAAGGGAAGAGAGUGGUGUUCGUUGAUGGAAACACCAAAAGAGUCGACUCUAUUGUCUUUGCAACAGGUUACAUGAGCAGCGUUUCAAAAUGGCUUCAGGUAUGUUUUUUUUGCAACUUAAGAUAAAUGUCUUAAUGGCUUGGCUACAGUAUGUUCUUGUUUUAAUGUGCUCUGAUGUGA